UUCACUUACAGUAUUUAUACUCAUUACAAAUUUAAUUAGUUUACAUACCACUCUAAAAAAAAACAGACCAUGGAAGAAGAGCAACCUCUGUCCAAGAAACGGAACAUGGGAAGAUCUAGAAAAGGUUGUAUGAAAGGUAAAGGCGGUCCGGAGAACGCCGCAUGCACUUUCCGUGGAGUUAGGCAACGGACUUGGGGUAAAUGGGUCGCUGAGAUCCGUGAGCCUAACCGUGGCACCCGCCUCUGGCUCGGCACUUUCAAUACCUCAGUCGAAGCUGCCAUGGCCUACGAUGAAGCCGCUAAGAAACUUUACGGACACGAGGCCAAACUCAACUUGUUGCACCAACAAAAACAAGAAGUAAAUAGGAACAUGUCUUUUUCUAGCCAAGGGUCGUCUUCUUGGUCUUUCAAACUCGAUACGGUUCGUGGGCUGGACCUUGGCCUCGGCCCGUCAAAUGGUUCACGCGGUUCGUGGUCGGGGAGUUUUAGCAUUCCACAAGAAGAUGAUCAUCAUUAUAAUGCUAAUCCAUGCUUAUCAUCAAGUGCGUCGAAUGUUUCUUGGUUGUUACCUAAACGAAGUAGUUCACAAGACCAAGAAAUUGUUAAUGAUGCGAGUGGCUUAACGUUUUCGACGAAGUUGCAACCGAGGAACUUGAUGAUGACUCCGGAUCAUGGAUCAUCAAAUGGAGUUUGGUCUAGGUUUCUUGCGGGGCAACAAAAUAAAAAAGAAUAUGACGUGUCAUCGUGUGGCUCGUCGAACAAUAAGGAGAGUAUACUGGUUCCUGGUGGCAGCGGGGGAGAAGGGGUGCAUAGGCCGGAGGUGGAUGAGGGAGCAGGGUAUUUGGAGAUGGACAAUCUUUUGGAGAUUGAUGAUUUGGGUUUGUUGAUUGGCAAAGAUGGAGAUUUUAAGAACUGGUGUUGUGAUGAGUUUCAACAUCCAUGGAAUUGGUUCUGAGAGAGGUUUUACUUAUUUUAAAACUUUAUAAAAUAUAUAUUUUAGGAUUAUUAAUUUAUGAUUAUUAAUUUGUUAUAUACAUCAAUCAGCGUGAGUUCUUUCUCUACUUGCAUGUACUCCUACGUGUAUAAAAUGUAUUUGAGGAUGUUUGAAAUUGCAUUAAAGGAUAUGUGAAAAGAACUCUCGUCUCAUUGUUUCCUCCUACCAACGGAUCCUCAAAAAAGAAACACAGAUAGAUUGAUACUCAUCCAUGUUUUUGAGCUCACA